AUGAGGUUUCUUGUGAUUUUUGGUGUUCUUUUUGUCACUGUUAGUUCCAUUGUCUUCGAUGAUGAUUCAAGCUCUGGAUCGCACGAAUCUUCAUAUUCUGGGGGUCGUGGAGGAAAUCAUGGUCAUAAUGGAAAUCAUGGAAACCACGGAGGAAGACCUCCAAGACCAAAUAGGCCACCAGUAACCCGGAGACCAACAAGAUGCGAAGCCGGAUGGACAAGAGUAAAUAGGCAAAGUGGUGGAUGGUGCGUAAAAGUAUUCGCUGGUAUGACGAAUCAACCACAAGCAGAAUCAUUAUGUGCUCAACAUGGAGCCCGAUUGUCAGCUGUGGAGAGUCAUGAGGAAAGGGAAACUAUUGCUGAAUUGGGAAGAGUUGUGAUGACGACUACUUCUGCGUGGAAGUUUGGAACUCUGAGAACUGGAGUCGUGCGAGAUUCAAAUAAUAGUCCAUUCCACUCAACAGAUGGAAAUGCAAAAGACUUGAAUGCUGUCAGAUGGAGUGGAGGAGAACCGAUUAACGGUCUCAACCGGAACAAUAAUUGUGGAAUGAUGUGGAUUUGGGUCCCAGGAGGCAGACGAGUAGAUCAACGUCAACAUGGUCUAUUCUUCUCAAUGGUCUGCCAUAUUUCAUGGAACGAUAGAUUCAGGGGAUAUGUUUGUGGAAAAAAGGCCCAAUAA